UCAAUAAAACCCCUUGUGAAAACCCAUACAUGACGGCAGGAUUUCAAGCAUAACGUCUGACAUCAACCCGUCAGCGUAUUUCAAAACAUCUCAAUGAUCAAGCCAUGUCCGUCAUCCGAUAGCCACAUCUGAGCACACAGAGGAACCCAAAACACAACACACAACAGAUUACUCUCGUGUGUUUAGGUACACAGCGUACCACAGCCAGCACAUGUGCCCCUCAUUAGAGAUAUCAAACACAUUUUUAAAGUCAUCACAGGGGCCCGGCACAGGUUCAGACAAGAGUCGGCUCACAUCUCGAUGGUGGCAGAACACCCUGCGUCACUCGCUAAUCUCUCCACAUUGACGCAUGAAAACCCAGGACCACACACAAGCUAAGGCCCCAAAGAAAGCCAAGAAGAAGGAAGCCGGCAGCUCCAACGUGUUCAGCAUGUUUGAGCAGUCACAGAUCCAAGAGUUUAAAGAGGCUUUCACCAUCAUGGACCAGAACAGGGAUGGCUUUAUUGACAAGAACGACCUGAGGGACACGUUUGCUGCUCUGGGACGUGUCAACGUGGCCAACGAGGAGCUCGACGAGAUGUUGAAGGAAGCCCCCGGGCCCGUUAACUUCACCGUCUUCCUCACAAUGUUUGGCGAGAAGCUCAAAGGUACAGACCCUGAGGAGACGAUUCUCAAUGCCUUUAAAAUCUUCGAUGCAGAAGGCACAGGCAUUCUUAAAGGAGAAGAGAUUAAGUAUCACCUUAUGUCACAGGCAGACAAAUUUACUGAGGCCGAGAUGAAUCAAAUGUUCACAAACUUUCCCUUGGAUGUGGCUGGCAACCUGGACUACAAAAACCUGUGCUACGUCAUCACCCACGGAGAGGAAAAAGAAUCGGAGUAAAGACUACUUUUCCCAUGAUUCCUUGUAUUUGUUUAGCGUCUGUUUGUGUGGUGUCUUCCUCUAACCUCUGUACCUGCCUUUUGUCAAUAAAGAGAUACAAUAAGA